GUAGAUAGAUUGGUACUGAGUUCAUCUCACCCCAACUGCCGUAUUUAUCUUCAGACAUUGUCAUCAUCAUCGAAUAUGAAGAAGAAGGAGAAGAACAUGGACAAGUCUUCUCCAGCUCAGGCUCAGGCUCAGGCUCAGGCUCAGGCUCAGGCUCAGGCCGAUUUGAAUAUCACCGAGCCAAGCAAGAAAAAGCAGAGCCCAAGGAGCUCGUUGCAGGACCUCAACGGCAUUACCAGAACAAACUCUUCCACUUCUAUUGAAGUCCCCAGAGGUUGUCUACGCUUCUUCCUCUCAAAUUCUUCUUCUUCUUCAAAAACCCCUCUUCAGUGGCCUAAAUCUCUCACCAAAUCCCCCAAAUCAGCCCCAUAUGUCGGCUCUACCAACCCAUCCUCCUCCAGAUCUAAACCCUCGAAAGAAAAUCUACCCAAACCCACAUCACAAAGAUUAAAAAAAAACCCUCCUUGUCUUUACCACUGGCAAUAUGGGAAGAAAUCCACUUCUACAACUUCCCACAAGCCAAACCCCUCAUCAGCCAAUCCUCCAAUUAAUUCGGCAUCUGGGUUUUCCCUAGGGUUCACUCCGAAUCAGCAGCAAAAUGUGGUGAUAGAUGAUGCAAGUGAGCCCACGGAGCUUUUCAAGCUUCCUGAUUAUUUGAAAACUGCCGUUGUGGAAAACUGUACUCCAGUUGGUAAAUUAGCAUGUGGGUCUGCUUUAAAUUCUGCAUUUGAUAAGGUUGUGGAAGAGGACUCUACCACAACUAAUGCUACUAAAACUACUACACCUCCUGUUCAAGCUUCAGUGUCUCCAGAGAUUCAAUGCCAACUGUCAUCUAUGCUGGUUUCAGAAUCAGCAACAACAACUACACCUGCUUGCUAUGGUGCUGGACAUCAUCUUUCUGGGGUCACUGACAAGAGGAAAUGCAGGCCUAGAGGAAUUCUCACUGUAGGAGACAAUCACUUAAGGUGCGGUACAUCUGAUGAUUUUGAUACUGAAAAUGUUAAUGAUUUUGAUGCUGAAAAUGCUGUUGAAAACAAAUCUAGAUUGUCUUUGGUUCCUCUACCUGCUGAAGCUUUAAUGCAUUGGCUUGAAUCUCCCUGUGAUGAGGAAGACAAACACCAGAAGAGUGAUACCUCAAAAGGGUCAUGUCAAAUUCGAAAAUUAUUGGGCUCUGCAUCUACCACACAACAUUUGUCUUCUUCACCUUCUGCUGCGAAUGUGUUUCCUUCAUAUGUAUGUGACAAUGCUAACUGUAGUGGUAUUAUUACUAAAAAGAAUGCUAGUAAAUAUAGUAGGAGGAGAAGUAGGAUUACUUUGUUUUCUCCAAGUGGACUCCCUGAAUUUCAAGGAUUUUUGGGGCCUUCGUCUCUUCAGUUGUAUAGUUGUUUAUCAUCACCUUCUACCCCUGUCACACCCAGUUGUGAGGCUGUUAUCUCACAAGACGAUAGAAAAUGCCGGUAUGAUUCUGCAGGAGCAAGUUCCCUAUUGUCCACUGAGCUUUUGAGUAGUGGGAAUGUUAUCCAAACCCCACAAUCAGAUUCGAGCUCAGAUAAGCAUGUUGGCCUCUCUUGGUUAAAUGCAGAUGAUGAUGAAAAACAAUAUUUUGAUUCUGAAGUUGAUGUAGCGGAGGAAUGUCUUGGGAGGGUAAGUUUAUCUCCCAAGAGCCAGACAUUGUUGUGGGAUUUACCUGGUCCGAUUUUCCCGUUCACUGGCUUAACUUCACCUUCCAGUUCCAUUGACUUCUCUCAUUUUCAGGAGACUUGGGAUAAUUCUGCUUCUUGCAUUCCUGAUUCUACUUUAGAUAAUGUGUCCCAAUCUCAUAUAAGAAUAUCAUGGAGGGACGGACUAAUGAGUCGGCUUUAUGAGAUGGAUGCGUUGGAUUUCUGCAAAUGUCUGUCCGAUGAUGAGAAUGAUGCCAAUCAAUGCAGAAACAACCAGUUGAAAUCCCAUCCGAGUCAUGAGCUCAAUUUUGAUCUAGGAAGUGGUCAGGUUUUCAACAAUGGUUUCAGAUCCCCUGAAGUUGUCGGCCAUGAUGAGAACGAUGCUAAUCAAUGCAGAAACAACCAGUUGAAAUCCCAUCCGAGUCAUGAGCUCAAUUUUGAUCUAGAAAGUGGUCAGAUUUUCAACAAUGGUUUUGGGUCCCCUGUAUUUAUCGGCCAUGAUCGGAGAAUUGAUGGUUCAGGAAAAGAAAAUAAUUCUCUUCAGAUACCCAAUUCAUGUGCAGAGAGUAUCUGCACUGAUGGAGUUGGCCUUGUUGCAUCAGGGGAUUCAGAUUGGACUCUUUGCUACAAAAAUCUGCUAUUUGAAGUAUAAACAUUGUCUCCUCAUUUGUUCAUCAUUUGUUUGUCUUUCUCCGGUCAGUAUAUAUUUUUUUCUUUUCUCCUUGUGAAACUGAGAAUCGUCCGUUGAGGCCAUUUGUGUAUUUUAUUUUCCUUUUUUAGUCUUAUGCCCAGCAUUUAAAAUCAAUUCUCUGUAUUUUUUUUUUCUUGUGGAAUGCACAUGCAAUUCUUAAAAUGUUAAACUCGAAGCAAUUGAGACGGUUUAUUGAAA